AUGCUGCCUCUCGGCCAGGUCGUCAUUGUAAAUGAGAAUUGGUUCUCAAUCUACUCACCAGGGUCAGGUGAUGUCACAGUGAUUUCCACAGAAGGGAGCGAUGCUGUGUUACCGUGUUCGCUCGCCACCAAGGAGAACAUCGAGUCAAAGCUGUUUGACUGGACAAAAGCUGCUCAGAAAGACGGCCUUCGGAAAGAGGUUUUCUAUUAUCGUAAUGGGAUCCAAAACAACGGGCAGAGUGAGGAGUUCAAAGGUCGAGUCUUUCAUUUUCAAGAUGAACUGAAGAACGGAAACGCCUCCAUAAUCAUCAGAAAUACAAAGAUAAACGACACUGGAAACUACACCUGUGUUUUCCCAAAGCUUCAGGAUCCUCAGACUAAACAGCUCAUUGUUGUACCGAUCCUUAGAGACCGCUCAGACGAAAACAAAGCUGCAAUUCGACAGCCGAUCUUCAGGAUAGUUCAUGCCACAGAUGAUGGGGCGCUGCUGCAGUGUGACGUUCGAGGUGCUUUUCCAAAACCUCGUCUUCAGGUGCAGGACAGUUCUGGAAAGAAUCUCUUUGCUGAGGAGCCGCAGCGGCCACACAGUGACGGACGCUACUACGUCACCCUCAACGCUACCGUGACCAAAACCGACCGCUACCGCUGCGUGGUCACACAGGAGGAGAUCCACCACCAGACUCAUGCAGAGACAUUUGUGCACAUCAGUGGGAAAGUGUGUGAGGACUCGUCCGGCAAAGUGGCCAUCGGAUGGUUGUUUGGAAGUUUUGUUUUGGGAAUUGUAGUUGUUGUUGCAGUUCAGGCUCUGCUUGCAGCUACAAAGAUCAUCACAAUAAGCCGCAAUAAAGGAUCUCGUCUGCUGUUAAACAGCUCACACAACCAGGAAAACGGUGCGUCGCACCUUGAAAAUGGCAAAAUUAAAGACUCUUCAGCGGACCCCCUGAACUCAUAAGGCGAUGUGAGUGACAAAGGGGGGGGGUGAGAAAGAGGGUGAGAAAGAGAGGGAGGGAGAAAGCAUCUGUUUUUCUGAGAAAUUAUUGGAUGUUUAGACCUGAAGAGAGAGAAUAUUUCUGCCGGCCCCUCACCUUUAGACAAACUUUAAAAGGCCAGUUUGAGGGUUCAGAUUUGGUUUUGGGAUUCAGGUUCUCAAAUUUUUAUUAUAUGGAUCAGAAUAAUCAGGAUUUUGAAAAUCCAUGAGUUGCCAUCCAGGAGCAGCUAAUCCUUUUUACUUUUGUGCCACUUUUUUUUUUUUAACUUUCUGUAUUCAAGAUUUGAUCCAACCUCUAAUAACUGGACUUUUACCAAAAGUGUCGCCCGGCUCUCGUCAUCAGCGUGUUACUCGUAUAGUUUCCCUUCCAGGUUGUGACCAGACUGAUGCUGCUGGUCUCAUAUGAUGGUGAUUCAGGGUUGGGGACGGCAUCAGGAUCAGGUUUAGGGGUUGGGGUAGUAAUGGUCAGGUAGUAAGAGGUACAGAAUAGGUUUUAAAAUAAAUCUAAGCUAGAUAAACAGCAUUAUAAUCUACAGUCCCGCAAAGGACAAACAAUUUAACACAAUUUUUUUUUACCAAAGAGAUGAAGAUCAACACAACACAGACUGAAAACAGGUUGAUAAUGAGAUAGAGUAGUUUUUUUAAAGGAUCAUGUUUUUGGUUCAAGCCCAAAGCCUUGAACCAAAAGUAGAAAACCCCUGCGUAAUCCGGUGACCUGUGACACCAGCAGAUCUUAGAUUGGGCCAUUGGCUUGCAGAAAAAUCUUAUCUCUAGGGUGUUUUAAAAAUUAACUUAAAAAAAAUCUACUUUUUAAUUUAUUGUUUAUGUCAAGCGCUAGAAGUUGCUGUGAGUUGUAAAUAUGUAUGUACUUGUAAUGAUCAUUGUGAAUAUUUGAUGAAAGAUAUCAUUUAUUAUUUAUAUAUAUGUUCUGUUCUGCAGCUCUGGAGCCACAUGUUGCUCUUGCGCUCCUCUCCAGUGACUCUGUGUGUGAAAAACUAUGUGGAAAUGAAUGGCGGUUCUUUUUUUUUUUUUAACAUUUUAGCAGUGGAUUUCAAACGAUAAAAAGGGAAAGUAUCUGUGUUAAAAGUGAAUUUUAUAUUGGAUGGGCAGAUUUGUCUGCUUUCAGCUCCAGUGCUGCAAAGGAAAGCACCAAAAAGCAUCUCUGCAGAGUGGCCACCUUCUGGUGACACAUAUUGAUGAAUGCUCAUGUAGACCUGUUGAGGGCUGGGGCGACGCGUCGACGUAAUCGAUGACACAAAUACGUCGAUUCAUGUAAUGUUUCACACAGCACGCGCCAUGAGAGCUUGAGCUGUUAGAUUUGAGGUUUGUUACUGUAACGAAGAGUUACUGUUUUUUUUAAGCGAUUUGAAUUUUAUAUGUUUGAUUGCUAAAUGUAGACUGCACUUCAGCCAUUUUACUUGUGUGGAACAAGCUCUUGUAUUCAUUUUAUUUUGGAGAGACUUUAUAUAAGACUGUAAAACACAGAUUACCAGUUAAG